AUUACAACCUCAAGAACAUCUGUUAACGACAUGUCUGUUGAUUUCAACACCCUCGCUCAACAAUUCACCGAAUUCUACUACAACCAGUUCGACUCUGACAGAAGCCAACUGGGUAACCUCUACAGGGACCAAUCCAUGCUCACCUUUGAAACAUCACAAGUCCAAGGUGCUAAGGAUAUCGUUGAGAAGUUGACCUCGUUGCCAUUCCAGAAAGUUGGCCACAGAAUCACCACCCUCGACGCCCAACCUGCCUCCCCUAACGGUGACGUCUUGGUGAUGGUCACCGGUGAGUUGCUCAUUGAUGAGGAGCAAAACCCACAGCGUUACUCCCAAGUGUUCCACUUGAUCCCAGAUGGCGCUUCCUACUACGUCUUCAACGACAUCUUCCGUCUCAACUACGGUUCUUAGACAUGGCGCUGCGUAUGUCUCUGCUGUUUAGCUAGUGAAUACACACAC